UAAACCAGAGUUAAUGAAAUUGCGUAUUUUUUAUACGUAAUAAACCUAUUCAUGUUAAAUAUAAUAAUAGAGUACCAGCCAUUACAUGCAAGAAUUUUCUUGCACGUAAAUAAUGAGCGUGGAAUGUUGGCUACACGCCAGACCUCGUGGGCGUGACGUAUAACCUGAUUUGAUGAUAUAAACACAAUUUUAUACACGCUACGUUUUGUACACGAAUGCACGAACAUGUCAUCUAUCUUUCCGUUAUCACCCUUAACAGCUGCACUGACUACAUUUCGAUAGAAGUAUCCUCUACGUAAAAUUUUGUUGACGCAUUCCGUUGAGACUUUACCGGCAAAAUGUAUCCACUUGCUUUAAACGCUGUGAUGUCUGUUGCCUCGUAUUUUUGCUGUCUUAGGAUAAUUCCUAAAAUUAAGGAGACUUUUAUUAAAGCAAACCUUUAUGGCAUUGAUAUGAGUAAAAGAAAAAAGGAGAAGAUACCAGAAGCAAUUGGUGUCGUCGUUGGUUGCAUAUUUCUUAUAACGCUCUUUCUCUUCAUACCGCUCCCUUUUGGUCAAUUUAUGUUCAAGCAUUACGAUUUUCCCCACGAUGAGUUGGUGGAGUUGGUGGCUGCACUGUUGUCAAUUUGCUGCAUGUUGUUGUUGGGUUUUGCUGAUGAUGUGCUGGACCUACGAUGGCGUCACAAACUUCUGCUGCCCACAGUGGCAUCACUACCUCUUCUUAUGGUAUAUUAUGUCAACUUUAACUCAACUACAAUCAUAGUACCAAGACCCUUCCGGAUCUGGCUUGGCUUCUCUGUGGAUCUUGGUGUCCUAUAUUACUGCUACAUGGGCAUGUUGGCUGUGUUUUGUACAAAUGCAAUUAAUAUCUUGGCUGGUGUUAAUGGACUAGAAGCUGGACAAUCAUUGGUUAUUGCUCUGUCCAUUGCCAUUUUUAAUGUGAUUGAGUUGACUGGUUCCCAGUGGAAAGCACACCAGUUUUCCCUGUAUUUUAUGCUGCCAUACAUUGCUACAACGGCUGCUCUCCUCAGGUUUAACUGGUACCCAUCACGUGUGUUUGUUGGAGACACCUUCUGCUAUUUUUCUGGAAUGACUUUUGCUGUUGUUGGUAUCUUGGGUCACUUCAGCAAGACGAUGCUCCUUUUCUUUAUUCCACAAGUUGUAAACUUUGUGUAUUCAGUUCCACAGUUGUUUCAUAUUUUGCCGUGCCCAAGGCAUAGACUUCCAAAGUACAAUGCUGAUCGAGACAUUAUGGAGGCAAGCACUGUAAAAUUUUCACAUAAUGAAGUGGGCCUAAUUGGCACAGCUGUACUCAAAGUUCUUCCACGGUUUAAGCUGUUGCAUGUUCAUAUUGACAAAAACACUAUUGAGAUUAACAAUAUGACAAUUAUCAACCUUACGUUGUUACUCGGAGGUCCAGCACAUGAGUCCGUUCUCACCUCCCGUCUGCUUGUAUUGCAGGGCAUCUGCAGUAUUCUGGCAUUCAUCAUUCGCUAUCCAAUGGCAGCCCUCUUCUACGAUGUUGGACCUGCGUAAUGUGGCAUUACUGGAUAGAUUGACUCAGUGUUUCUAGUCAGUGAAGUCAGGAAAUUGCUUUGGCGAAAAAGAAGAAAUUGAAAGAAGAUAUUGUCAAUUUUUGAAAAGUGCAGGUGCUGUUUUGUCUCCUUUUUGUAAUAAUGAACUGAACAAUAUUGUGAUUUUAUCCCAGAUGCAUUUAUUGAGUGAGUCCAAGAGAAACAGUGAUUUGACUUUGUCACAUUUUGAAUUGUUUUACUAGCAGUUGCUCACAAAAAGUACUGUCAGUAGACAUAUAAGCUCAUUUGUAAUGCUCUUCAAGAGGGGAAAAAUGGAUUUUUCUGAUGUGCAGACUUGCACAAAAUUUAUGUGCAAGAAAUAAAAACUUUAUCACAAAAAGUUUAA